GUCAAUUGUUUCGACUAGAGACUGAGAUGUAUCACGAUGAGGUGACUGUCACAUCAGAUCAGACAGCAUCAAUUGAUUUUGGUCUUCUUGAUAUGAUUCACAGUUGUACACUGGCCCUUCAGUUGCUCUCAAGUGCUGCUUCAGGAGUGGUAAUUGUGUCUGAUGGCGUUUGUGAAUUUCUGGAUGUUAACACUGCAGACACAUUGCUUUAUCAGCUGAGGUCAUUCGACAUCGCCUGCUCAUUUCUUAAAGUUGGUGAUGAGUUCCAUCCUCAAGCAAGCUAUGGUUUUGUUUCAAAUACUCACUUACUAAGAUUCAUUGCAGAAGCAAGUGGUGGAGCUCAUUUGACAGUCAACUGCUUGAAUUUUGAAGAUGUUUUCUAUGACCCUGAUGAAGGAGAUGUCGUGAAUUUGUAUCAGAAACUUAUGCUUUGUCGUACUAUACAAGCUGUGUCUCCAAAUUGGACAGCAAGACAGCGAUCUCGUUGGUCAUUGUUUGAGGGACAGUUGUGUCUUCCUACUCUCAUGAGGAAAAGAUACUCUGAAGAAAAGAUACAAAGUGACAUUAUGAGAUAUUUGGGUUCUCGUGUUCGAGAGGGAUUUCAAAUACGAGAUGUCUUUCUUAGCAAAAAAGACACUCAGCUGGAAGUGAAGAUUGUGAUGCCGUGGAAAGAGGAAGUAAAGCUCGAGUAUCAUGUUGUUGGCCCCUGGCCAUUAAACCAAGUUGAGUAAGUUAUGUUUGAUUUUGGUGUGGUUGAAAGUUGGACUUUCUUACUUGUGGUCAUUGAGCUGUGUGUG